AUGCCUUUCAAUACGGCUCUCACCAGAACACUGGGGAUUAAAAUCCCCGUGGUGCAAGGAGGUAUGCACUGGGUAGGGUACGCCGAACUCGCGGCUGCUGUGAGUAACGCAGGAGGGCUCGGCCUAGAAAUCCGUAAAUGUCGGUCAAUGACGAACAAACCAUUCGGUGUGAACAUCACUCUCCUGCCAUCACUCAUGCCACCAGACUACGGUGCCUACGUCCAGGCCAUCAUUGACGAAGGGGUCAAAGUCGUCGAGACGGCAGGAAAUAACCCCGGGUCUGUUAUUAAACCACUCAAGGAGGCUAAUAUCAUCGUGAUACACAAAUGCACGACCAUACGCCAUGCUAAAUCUGCCGUAAAGCUGGGUGCAGAUAUUUUAUCUAUUGAUGGGUUUGAAUGCGGUGGCCACGUCGGAGAGGAUGACCUCACCAAUUUGAUCCUCUUAAGCCGGGCGAGACAGGCUUUGAGUGUCCCGUUUAUUGCUUCCGGAGGCUUCGCAGACGGACAUGGUCUAGCUGCUGCGUUGGCGUUGGGAGCGGAGGGUAUCAAUAUGGGGACACGGUUUAUGUGUACAGUGGAGGCACCUAUUCAUAUAAAGGUGAAAGAGACGAUCGUGGCAGCCCAGGAAACGGAUACAGCAUUGGUGAUGAGGCGAUGGAAAAACACGACACGGUUAUAUGGCAACAAAGUGGCAAAGGAGGCUCUGAAAGUGGAAACAGAGAGUACGACUGGGAAAUUUGAGGAGAUUGCGCCCUUUGUAAAUGGCAAGCGGGGACAACAAGUGUUCUUAGAUGGGGAUGUGGAUUCCGGCGUAUGGACUGCUGGUCAGGUUAUUGGGCUGAUUCAUGACAUACCUACUUGCGCUGAUCUCUUGGGGCGAAUCGAGCAAGAGGCUCUGCAUUCGAUGAAGAGGACAGGGUCGUUGUGGAAAGAUGAAGGAAAUCAAAGCAGACUUUAA